AUGCGGGACUGCAAAUCCGGAUCGUGCCGCACCUGCCAGUCGAAACACCACACGCUCCUGCAUUUUAACCGCUCAACUGCUUCGUUAACCAAUAGUCAAGCCGAUGCUUCAUCGGUGGCCACAAUUCGAUGCAGUGCUAUGACUGCAUCGAUAUCUGCUUCGCUUAAUGCCCCCGUGUCUCCUUCUGAUGCUGUGCUCCUAGCUACUGCCGUCAUUCUUGUAAAAAAUCGUGCUGGAAUCUUCGUGUCCUGUCGCGCUCUUUUAGAUUCUGGUUCCCAGUUGCACUUCGUCACAACUCGCUUCGCAAAUCAACUUCAGCUAUUCAAAACAAAAGCUUCUGCUACAGUCUCUGGAAUUGGAGAUGCCAACUUCCCAACGGAAGGUUACUCACUCGAUCUCGUACUUAAGUCGCGGAUUUCAGAUUUUUCAACAAGCAUCACUGCCCUUGUUGUGAAAACCAUCACCGACAAUCAGCCUGGCUGCUCCGUGAGCACCAACGAGUGGAAUGUUCCAUCGAAUAUACCACUAGCCGAUCCUGGGUUCAACUUACCACAGCGUAUUGAUCUGCUUAUCGGAGCAGGACUGUUCUUCGAUCUACUUUGUGUGGGUCAGAUACGCUUAGGAUCUGGUUUACCACUACUUCAGAAAACUCGUCUCGGAUGGAUGCUAUCUGGAGGUGGGCAACAAACUCCAAACCUGUCAUCAUUCGUCGUGAGGCAGAAAUCCUCCAGUGGUCUCAUUCCCAGCACUCGGCUGGACUAUUUAGUACGUCGGUUUUGGGAGAUCGAGCACAUUUUCGAACCGAUCUCUAAGGCCUCCCAAGAAGAUCUUAACUGCGAAGCCCACUUCCAGGGAAAUUAUUUUCGAUUGCCAUCAGGUGAAUACUCUGUUGGUCUGCCCAUAAAACGCAGCAUGGAUGCCCUAGGAGACUCCUAUUUACAAGCUCGUCAACGCUUUCAAGGUCUGGAACGAAAAUUCGCCCGUAACCCUGAUCUAAAGGCAGAAUACAGUAAGUUUAUUAAGGAAUAUCUGGAACUCAACCACAUGUCGCUGGUUUCCAACGAGGUUGUACAACAAUGCAAGUACUUCCUGCCACAUCAUUGCGUUAUCAAGGAUGACCGUAGUACAACAAAAUUGAGGGUGGUUUUUGAUGGAUCUGCAACCACUACCUCAGGUUUUUCGUUAAAUGACCUUUUCAUGGCAGGCCCAACUAUUCAACCGAAGCUUUUUCAUAUUCUCAUUAGAUUUCGUACUUUUCCUAUAGCACUUACUGCAGACAUCUGUAAGAUGUAUAGGUGUGUUCGCGUCACUCCACCGGACAACAUGCUCCAAUGUAUUUUGUGGCGAGAAUCUCCACAAGAAGACUUUCGCAUCUAUAAGCUCGACACGGUGACGUAUGGAACUAAGCCUGCAGCGUUUCUAGCCAUCCGAGCCAUGCACCAACUCGCAGCAGACGAAUCCGCGACUUAUCCCAUUGGAGCAGAAGCGGUACUUCGGGACUUCUAUGUAGAUGACCUGAUAACUGGGAGCGAUUCAAUGGCAGAAGUACUCAACAUUAAACUGCAAACAACUAGCCUUCUUACCCGAGGAAGCUUCAAGUUACGCAAAUGGUGCUCUAAUAGUCCUGAGAUCCUUCGUGAUAUUCCUGACGUAGACAAGGAAAAGUUUCUUAAGUUUGACGAUGGCAGUGACAUCACCAAAGCACUGGGGCUUGUCUGGGACCCGCACAAGGACAAAUUGCUAUUUUCAUUUGUACCACAAAGAGAAUUCGGAAAAAACUCCAAACGCUCUGCUUUGUCUACACUAGCUCGAUGUUACGAUCCCCUUGGACUAAUGGGGCCCACGCUGACCAAGGCGAAGAUUCUUCUGCAACGAAUGUGGAGAGAUAAGCUCGAGUGGGAUGAGAGUCUGCCACAAUCAUUAGACACUGCUUGGUCUGCUUUUUGCACUGGAUUUGCAGACAUGCAGUAUCUAUCAUUUCCUCGUUACGUUUUUCAGUCUGAAGCUAUUAGAGAAAUCCAUGCAUUUUGCGAUGCAAGCCUUGAAGUGUGUGUUUACACGCGAUCAACCAAGGACAACAACAUACAAGUUCACCUAUUAUGUUCAAAGGCCCGUGUCUCUCCACUAAAGACCGUCACCAUACCCAAACUGGAACUCUGUGCAGCAACAUUGCUCGCACAGCUAAUGGAUUCCUCCACUGCCCUUUCGUGGCUGCGAGAAGAACCGUCAAGGUUUAACGUUUUUGUCGCCAAUCGGGUUUCCACCAUACAUCAACUGACAGAGGGCAUGCAAUGGCACUACGUUCCUACAGCAAUGAACCCGGCUGACAUUUUAUCGAAGGGAGCUACACCCCGGGAACUUCUAGGAUCGAAACUUUGGAUGCACGGCCCACCCUUUUUACUAGAAGCGGAGGACAACUGGCCACGCAUGUGCUCACCAUAA